CGUUUCGGGGCGUCCUGGCGAACCCUUACAGAGAAAGCUCAGUAGCCACGUCUACGAAAGCAUCACCGACUUAGACUGUUCGGUCGACGGGCACUCUAGUUCGAACAGCACAUAUGAACCGUUCUGUGCGUGAGAAUUAUCGGCCGCAGUGACGCCGCGUGGAGUUAAAUAAUGACCUUUUCUUCAGCGUCAGAAUUCAUCAAUUGGGAUUGAGGACUACCUCGUGUACUUCACUCGUGGUCAAAUCAUUCUUUGCUACCAGGAAAAUUGAUAACGGACGAUUAUCACUUUGAAUCAGUUAUGUGUUCCGAAUAGUGAAGCAUUUUUUUAUUCAAGUAGACCACUUGUGAUAAUUUCUUUAAGGUUAAAAAUCAUAAUAUCUAAACUAUAAUAAUAAACAAAUAGAGAGAGAUGGAUGGAGAGAAAGAAAGACAAAUACAGAUCGAAGGGGAAAAGAAGGGAGAGAGAAAGAAAUGUAUUAAGAAAAAGAGACACAGACCAACAGAGAAGAAAAAAGCAGAAGGAGGACAAGAGAAAGAAAAAAAAACACUAUAAGCAGGCUAGAUUUUAGACUCGAUGACGAAAUCCCGAUGUACUGAUAAGAUUCACAUCCAGUUGAUAAAGGGUAUAUAUAUAUAUUACCCUCGCCGAGAUUUACCCCCAGUCUGGAUCUCGUAUAGUUCGGCCUCCUGUCAGUCACCUAAUACUGUGCUGUGGUAGCCUCAAUCACUAGAGGCCUGUGUUAACGGAGGAGCAGGUCGUCUUAACAAGAAGAGUGAAAAUGGGGUCAUCCUUCAAAGCUUAGAUUUAUGAGGAAGUGCGGUACGAGAGUUGACUGACCUCCGCACUGUUCAUAGAUUCCAUCUACAACUGGCCAAGAGGACGUCGAAGCAGGGAGGUCUUCCGCAGCCAUGACGUUCCUAAGCAAGAUCCAGGAAGGCUUCAGUGAGAUCGACCACAACUACCUGCGGGUGUUCAAAGUUGUCACCUCGAUCGGAUGUCCAGUCAUGUACCAAGUGUUCAUGUGGGGCUGCCUGAAGGACCCCAACCAAACGCUGGAAGAAUACCUCCUCCGGGAAAAACGCCUGCCCAACAAGGACUAUCGCAAACUCUUCAACAACCACAUGAAGGAGACCAUUAAGACGAAUCCUUCGGGGGACAAGUUCGACAUAACGCUGCUCCUGCUGGCCAUCAAAACCGCAUGCGAGAAUGUGGCUCACAAAGGCGACCCCGCCUGGCACACCGAAGACGAUUCUUGCCUCGAAUAUUUGCUCACCGCCAUAAAGGAGACGCGGAACGAACUCGCCCAUAAUUAUAUCGUGAUGGACAAGGCCGAAAUGGUGGAGAAGGUUGAGAAAAUAAGGAGAUUGCUGAUUAGAACGCUAGAGGCAGCCCGAGACAGGUACGGCGUCGACGCGGCCACAGUCGAUAACGUCAUCGACAUUACCAAUAAGAAUAUAAACACGGUGCGAGACCAUCCCUUAGCUGUAAAAGAUAUUAACAGGUAUCAGUCAGAAAUGCUAUUUGAUAAUCUGAAGAGACUCAUGGUUAAGGAGGGCUUGGCCGAGUUAAAGAAGAUGUAUGAAAGAAUCACAAUCAUCAAUCCCGUAUUUUUCGUGGCUGGAAGUGACUUCCUCAUGGACGUUGGUCUAGUGUUUUCUAGGAUCGAAGUAAAGCAGGCUGGGAGGUUUGCCAAAGGAAAAUCUAUAGCUUAUGAAAACGUAUUAGAACUGAAUCAUAUGUGUGAGAGUAUGUCCCAGAGUCUCGGUAGCGGAGAGCCUGCCACGAUGGUCAUACUGGAGGGAAUCGCGGGUUCUGGCAAGACAACCUUGACCAAAUUCAUUAUAUCGGAGUGGUCGAAGGGCUCGCGCAAGUUCAUAGGCCUGGACCAGUUCGAUCUCCUGUUCUUAAUGGAAUGUCGCAACCCUUCUCUGGAAUCCUUCGCCGAUCUCCUCGUGUCCCUCAUGCCCAAUGUAUCAAAAAGUUUCAGAAAAGAAGACUUCAUGCGAUGCGCACUCGACCUGAAGAUUCUUGUGUUGAUCGAUGGACUCGACGAGCUGAAUAAAUCUUCAGAAAAGGUCUUCAGAGAAGUGCUGGCCAUGUUAAGGACGAGAGACAUCAGAGUACUAUGCACAUCACGACCCGAAAAAGUCCAGGACGUUUACAAAAUUAUUCCUGAUGGCGUUGUUAAGGUUCACUUGAGGAUAACGGGAAUCCCCGCUAACAAGAGAGUAGAUUUCGUUAAGGCUUAUCACGACGAAAUGAAAAAACUGCAGAGGAGUGAACAAGACACAACCGGCCUGGUCGAUUACUUAAACAAUUCUUCGGAAAAACUUGAUAAACACUUCAGAUUCCCUCUUAACUUAGUACUUCUCACGUACUUGUGGGCACAGGCGCCUGAUCGAGUUAAUAAGGUCACUACACCUACAGAAUUGUAUGUACAGCUUCACGACCUGCUUGUGGAAAAAUUGGUGGAGAGACUGAAGCACCAUGAUGCGACAAAACACGUUAGCUGCUCCGAACUGAAGGAAAAGACUGAAUUCUUCUUGAGGACUUUGUACCAUGAGUCACUCUAUGCCCUUUCCAGAGACAUCGUCUACAUUGACAAGUGUGCAAAGCUAAGACUCCGCAAAGCUUGUUCCGAGUUGCAUCUCUAU